AGUGGUAGGUUAAAUGCAGCUACAUUUUUGCAUUUCCCUGUCUGAGGAUAAGAUUACACAUUCCAUAUAUAAAGCAUUCCCUUGUCAGAGUGCUGAGCAGUCGGAGCAGAAAGAAGUCGCAGGGACAAAGUGCACAUGUUGGAUUGAGCAGGGGAGGUGCUGCUGCUGCUGCUUAAAAAGGAACUUUGCCAAGAAAACUGACUUCCAGGAUAUGAUCAAACGUUGUGUCUUCUCCUCUGCUAACAACGUAUAAAUAGUGGCAAGCCCACAGCCAACCUGAUCAGAAGAAGCAGCUGAGAUUCUACUCCUGGACAGAGCUCCCUCUGUGAACCCAGUCCAUUACCUGUGCCAGUAGAACUGCAGCUUUACCAGGGGCAUCUGCCAAGCAUCUGUGAAGUGGAAUCCCCAAAGAACAUUGACAUCAGUGUUAUAAAAAUAGCAAACCGUUAUCCCUAUGAGUUCAGCCAUGCACUGGAUUCUGUCUCUUGGAUUCUUCUUUCUUCUGAAGGAACAGUGUUACUGCAUCUUUGCACCAAAUUCGACUUUUUUGGAAAACCUUCUCAGUAAAUACAAGGACGCAACCCCACAUUCUAGAACCAGAAGAGCCAUUUCAAGGACAGACAAAGAAGAGAUAAUACAGCUCCAUAACAAGCUGCGAGGCCAGGUCCAUCCUUCUGCUUCUAAUAUGGAGUACAUGAUAUGGGAUGAUGAACUUGAGAGAUCUGCUGAGGCCUGGGCACAGGAGUGUAUCUGGGAGCAUGGGCCUACUGCUUUGCUCAUGUCAAUUGGACAAAACCUUGCAGUACAUUGGGGCAGAUACCGAUCACCUGCAUAUCAUGUACAGUCCUGGUACGAUGAAGUCAAGGAUUAUACAUACCCAUACCCCCAUGAAUGUAAACCCUAUUGCCCUGAACGCUGCUCUGGACCUAUGUGCACUCACUAUACACAGAUUGUGUGGGCCACAACCACCAAAGUUGGCUGUGCUGUAAACGUAUGCAAACGGAUGAAUGUCUGGGGAGAUAUUUGGGAGAACGCUGUAUAUCUUGUCUGCAACUACUCUCCAAAGGGUAACUGGAUUGGGGAAGCUCCUUACAAGAAUGGGAGGCCGUGCUCGGAAUGCCCACCUAGCUAUGGUGGCAACUGUCAGAACAAUCUCUGUUACAAAGGUGAUAAACAUUAUGGAAGAGUGGAAACAGAUGAGACUAAUGAAGUAGAGUCCCCUCGUGUUCCUGAAGAAACACACAUUUGGGUCCAUGAAAAGAUCAACAAACCCAAAGCAGUGCCAAAAACCACACAAACGUCCACAGAAAACCUAAUGACUCAAGUCAUCAAAUGUGAAACGAAAAUGAGAGACAGAUGCAAAGGAUCCACCUGUAACAGAUAUAAGUGUCCUCCUGGUUGUAUAAAUAGCAAAGCUAAAGUGUUUGGAACUCUUUUUUAUGAUAGUAUGUCAAGCAUAUGUCGUGCAGCCAUUCAUUAUGGGGUAAUUGAUAACAGCGGAGGCCUGGUGGAUAUAACAAGGAAAGGGAGGCUUCAGUUCUUUGUGAAGUCCACUAGAAAUGAUGUAGAGUCAAUAAGUAAAUUCAAGCCAGCAAAUUCAUUCAUGGUUUCAAAAGUUUCAGCUCAGACCAUUGACUGUUACACAACUGUUGCCGAAAUUUGUCAGUUUGUAAAGCCAGUGUCACAUUGUCCAAGAUUUAACUGUCCCGCGCACUGUAAGAAUGAGCCUUCAUAUUGGGCACCAGUAAUUGGCACAAAUAUUUAUGCAGAUAGCUCCAGUAUCUGUAAAACAGCUGUGCAUGCUGGAGUGAUCAAAGAUGAAGACGGAGGAUAUGUUGAUGUCAUGCCGGUGGAGAAGAAGAAACAUUAUUUUGGCUCCAGCAAAAAUGGGAUCCAGUCGGCCAGCAUCCAGAAUCACAAGGAAGGUCAAGCUUUUCGGAUCUUUGCAGUAAAACAGUAACAAAUGGGAUGAAAUGACGUUAAUUGAACAACAUAAACUCUCCAAAGAAUAAAAAAAAAACACAAUGUCUGAUAGAAUUCAGGCUUCCCAUGGAACAGAUAACCAGCAGCAACAUCUCUUCACCACCUUAUGUCCACUGGUUAAACUUAUAAGGACACAGAUGUUCUGUUUUUCCUUUCAUCAGAAAAAAAAUGUAGAGUGAUUUAUGUCUCAAGUAAGAUGGUGUCAUGCCAUGUUAAAUAAAAGUGGGACAAGACUGCUGGUUAGUGCACACAGCCAAAUGCAAGCAGGAACAUUUCCUACUCAUAAAUCAGCAGUAUUAUGAAAUGAAAUGGGUUGGUGUUUGUUCCAAAACACUAUUAAGUAAUAGGGGCAAUUAUUCUUAUACAUUUUCAAAUUGUUUUGUUGGCAAAACAUUUGGCUUUUCUUUGUUAAAAGAAAUGUUGAUAUUUCUCAAUCUCUUUUUUUUCCCCCAAUUUUGUAUAUAAAUGACUUUUUUUUAAUGUUUUGUACUUUUUUUAAAUUGUUAUUAUUAUUAUUAUUAUUAUUAUUUUGAACAGUUUAUAAAUAUACAGCUGAGCUGGUUUAUCAGUAAUAUCUAUAUUUUAAUAUUUAGGGGUUCAUUGUUGACUUACCUUUGUUUAUAUAUUUUUGUACAUUGGAGUUUGUUUGGGGUACAGUAGUUCCUGGGGGGUUAUGCAACAUUUUUGUAUACUAGAUAAAUGUAAAUAAUUACUUUGCACAAUAAACAAAGCUCAUUAAUAGUUAAAGACACAUUUUCAUAAUGGUCAGCAAUCUGAAGGCUUCUUUAAAUAGGCUACAAAUAUACAUUACUUUAAAAAAUGGAUGAUUUAAUUAAUCAGCAACUUCAGCAAGCAGGAUACCCAUUCAGCCUAUGUUGUGUGUGCAAAAGGCAUGUACUGAUAGCUGCAUGCAGAUCAUUUGAAAAAUAAAUAGACAUCUAAACAUUUGGCCAGAAAGCCAAUUGGACUGUUUAUAGGGAAGUGUUAUGAAUGGCACAAAUGUUGCACCAGGUCUAAUAAGCCACAGAAACCAACCUGCAGAUACAGUAGCUUUGAAAGCAAGUGUCUGAUUGGUUGCAAUUGGCGACAAGACCUGUUUCAAUCUUUGUGAUUUAAUUAUAUCUCCAUUGUUUAGUGCUUAAAUGUGAGGGUUGUUUGGUUACACCACUAGACUGCUAAUCCAUAGGAUAUGUAACUUUGAGGAGACCAACUACUUUGUAAAGCUAGGCUUUUCCGGACUAGCGGACAGAAUUUUAGGUGCUAAAAGUUGCAAUUCAAGAAACGACAGGACUAUAGUUUAAUUGAUAUUAAAGUUAAAUGUUGCCUUCUUGCCCAGCUAUCUCUAUCUAGAUGGUCAAUUUUAAAUGCUCCUCCAUGGUUGUUUGCUUACAUACUAGACCUGGAUCCAUGGCAUGGACACUCAUUUUGAUUGUAUUUCCCAUGCUUGAUUGUCUAAACCAAAAGCAAUCAUUGUUUGUUUUCCAUUUUAGAAACACACAAUAAAACAUGGAGUGCCCUCCCUCUCUAUAAUAUUAAAGUCCUGCAGUCCAACCAAAAUCUUUGGCUUACUACAAAUCCCAUGCUCUGUUUUAUCUGCAAUCAUGUUGGCUACCUCAGCCUGCAGUUUCUUUUUAGAUGUUUGCUUUUUUCUAUUAAUUGUGUAAAAAAUAAAAUAACAUUUUUCUUUG